AUAGAGAAUCUAGAGAGAGAGAGAGAGAGGAACUUUGUUUCCGUCGUCAUCACCUGCCGGAGUCCGCCGCCGGCGCACCACCUCUCCUCCGGUUCGUAUUUAUUAGAAAGAGAGGAAGGAGAAGUAGGAGAGGAUUUACAGAUGCUUUUGGAAUGGGGAAAUCUCAUCAACUGCCUUUGCAGCGAAAGAAGGAUCAUCAAGAGACGACGGGAUCUGAAACUGCUUCCAAUUCAACUUUAUUCGGCGAGAGAUGCAUGUUUUGUUGCUCGAGAUUCUCAAAGGAGUUCAAUCUCAAAUGCCUGAUCAUUUUGGUGUUAAGUUUAGCUGUUUUAAUAUCUGCGAUUUUCUGGCUCAUUCCUGUUCGUCAUAAGCAUUACGGAUUUGAAUCAUUUGAUGCAAUAGCUUCUAUCAAACAUCGAGCUAUUGUUCAAGUAUAUUUUGAAUUGGAUAAGCCAGUUGCAACAAUCAUUCCAUACAUCAAAGAACUAGAAUACGAUAUCUACAGCGAAAUAGGCGUUCCUUACUUAAAGGUUGCUGUUCUCUCCAUGCAUGAAGGAAUUGAAUCUAAUAGAACUGAUGUAGUCAUCGGCUUCCUUUCAGAUCCAAUCGACGUUUCAAUAAACACAGUCUCCCUAAGUAUUUUGAAGGCAUCUUUACUAGCUCUGUUUAUGGAAGAAUACAAUUUAACUCUAACGAAAUCUUUAGGGCAAAUAUCAUCAUCUUCCUUUCAAAUAAGUAAGUUUCCCAUGGGAAUCACUAUGAUUCCUGAGAAGAAUGCACCUGAUUGGAAAAAUCCUCAAAUCCUUUUCAAAUUUACUAUGAAUAAUUCCAUAUAUGAGGUUAAGGAAAAGCUGGAUGAACUCAAGGAACAGUUAAAGCUGUCAUUGCUUCUCAGGCAAUAUGAGAAUGUGUAUUUGCAGGUAAGGAACAGAAAUGGGUCGACUAAAGAUCCUCCGGUUAGAGUUCGAGCUUCCAUAACAUCAAAUAUAAGUGACGGCCUUUCACCACAUAGAUUGAAACAAUUGGCUCGAAUAAUUAGAAAUUACUCUGCUUCAAAGAACCUGGAUCUUAACCAUUUUGGUAAAGUUAAGGAAAUAAGUCUAUCUUCGUUUCUGAAUCACUCUAUCCAUGCUAUGCCACCUUGUUCCAAUUGCCAUGCUCAUCCCCCUUCUAAUCAUCAUCACCAUCAUCCUCAUCAUCAUAAUCACCAUCAUCAUAUACAUGGAUCAAGUUCACAUCAUUCGAUUGCUCCAAGUCCUUCAAAUCCUGUUGACACUUAUAGCCCCGGUCCAAGACAGGAAAGGGUUUAUCCUUGCGAAGGACCUGUCGCAGCUCCUUCAGUGUCAUGUAAGUUUAUUACAAUGCCCAUUUGGAAACACAUUAUGGGUUGGGAUCUGGAUUUGAUUUAUUAAUGGUUUAUUAUGUAGACUUGGAUCCAACUGGCCCAUGAUUGCAUCGCUAAGGGAAAACCGGUAUAUGAUAGGGAGAUCUUGUCAUUAGCCUAAUUUGGGAUUCUGAUUUUACAUGUUCCAUCAAGCAUGCUCUGUGUUUAAGGGUAUUAAGGUAAUUUCGUCAUGAAACUUCGAAAUCUUAGGGGUCAAAGCCAGAAAAAAUGAAUGGCAGGCCUGUUUUUUAAUUUAUUUAUUUGAUUAUAAUGAUAUAUGAAUCUGGGAUCCUCUUCUUCCCAAAGGGAACGAUGUUUCCCAUUAAAACACAACAAAAGGUAAAACAAAACAAUAGAAAUGGUGGUUUUCAUCAUGUU